AUUUACAUCAAACCAGUUGGGAAUAUCCACCAACAAGGGAAGAGAAUAUUGAUCAUCAUCAUCAUCAUCAGAAGGCAGAAGAAGCCUCUUCUCUCUGUCUCUCACUCACUCUCAUCUCUUUCUCUUUCCGUCAGUCUUUCAGAAAUGAGGAAGCCAGAGCCUUCUGGGAAAAACAACUCCAAUAACAAGCUUAGGAAGGGCUUGUGGUCACCAGAAGAGGAUGACAAGCUCAUGAACUAUAUGCUCAACAACGGUCAGGGUUGUUGGAGUGAUGUAGCUAGGAAUGCUGGUUUGCAACGGUGCGGCAAGAGCUGCCGUCUUCGUUGGAUCAAUUACCUGAGGCCUGACCUCAAGCGUGGAGCCUUUUCUCCCCAAGAAGAGGAGCUCAUCAUUCAUUUGCAUUCCCUUCUUGGCAACAGGUGGUCUCAAAUUGCUGCCCGCUUGCCAGGGCGAACAGAUAAUGAAAUAAAGAAUUUCUGGAAUUCCACAAUAAAGAAAAGGCUAAAGAAUUUGUCAUCCACACCCUCACCAAACACAAGCGACUCAUCGUCGGACGCCAUGGAAGCUCUCAACAUAAAUCCGGCCUGCAGGCAAGACAGUGGCAUGUUAUCCAUGUACAUGGAUUCAUCACCAACAUCCAUGCAAUCUCAAUGGAAUAAUAUUCACAGGGCGCCGUUGCCGGUGCUCGAACAUGGCCUAAACGUGUUUGGUGCAAAUGGGUAUUUGAAUUCAUCAUCACAAUGCAUGACACAGAUGGGGAUAAUAGGGGGUUGUGAUGGUUUUUUUGGAGAUCAUAAUAAUGGAGGAGGAGGAGGAGGAGGAGUACUGUUGGGUGUUGCUGAUAAUAUUGGGGCAGAGGGAGAGCUUUUUGUUCCUCCAUUAGAGACUGAAGAAAGUUUCAAAAGUGAGAGGUCAAUACAUGGUAGGAACUGCAACAAUGGCAAUUAUUUUAAUACUAGUACUAAUACUAAUAAUGUUGUGGCCAAGAUUAAUAAUAGUGAUAAUGUUAAGAGUGAAAACCUAGCUGGGGGGGUUGAGAGUUGUUUCCAAGAUGAUCAAGAUCAGCUAAUAAUAGGGGAUUGGGACUUUGAGGAUUUGAUGAAAGAUGUCUCUUCCUUUCCUUUUCUUGACUUCCAAUAGUUUUUUAAAAAAAACACAAAAAAACCAAAAACAGCUAGCUAGCUAGCCUCCAUGCUUUUUCAUAUUUCCAGCAAAUUUUUUUUUUCUUUUUUUUUGUUUUAUUUGUUUUUGUUUCUCUCUCAUAUCUUGUCUCUUUUUACCAUUUUUCACUUCUUUCAAAUUUUCCAAAAGAACCUAGUCCAUCAUACGAAUCUUAAGGGAGAGUAAGUAGAAUAACAGUGUUCUUCAUAUAACACCUUCUUUUUUCGUGCCCUUAGCUUUCUUGGUUUUGCUUUACAAGCAGGCCACCAAAAUUUUAUCAUUUUCCAUGAAAAAAAGUGUAAGUUUUUCAUAUAGGUUUAGUUGGAUGGAGAGGAAGAGUCUGAAAGAAAUAAAAGGUCACUAUUUGGGGGGUAUAUAUGAUAGAGUGACCGUGACAGUAAUCUCUGUGUUUGUGUCUACACAAUUUGUCCAUGAUGUGAAGUUGAAUAUAUAUAUGAUCAUUUUGGCCAAUUCAGGCAUAUAUAUAUAUUGCUUUCCAAAGCGUUAUAUACUUGUGAAAGGAAGAUGUGUAUAGCUUCAUAUAUAAGAGUAGGAUUUAGUCCAUCGUUGCAUGUACAAAAACUCAUCACUCGUUCUUAUUAUGAAUAUGUACAAAAGUUUCAUUGUUGAGGGGUUGAAAAUUAAAUUGUUUUUAGCCAGGUGUUUAAAAAUUACUAGGAUUUGUACAUCUUUGAUGGAGAUAUAAAUAUACAAAU